AUGAGCUUUUUUAGAAUCAAACUAGAAAGAUCUCCCAUUGGUCUCUCCAAACAGAUUCGAACUGUUGUAGAAUCUCUGGGACUUGGAAAGCGCCAUUCGGUCGCGUAUUGUGAAGCCAAUCCUAUAUCUGCUGGUAAAAUAUUCAGAAUUAAAGAAUUGGUGAGCGUAUCUGAAGUGGAAAAGGUCAUUUCCAGGGAGGAAGAACGAAAAGCCAGAUCUCCUCCCAGUGGAUUUACAGUUCUACAUCGAAGAUAUCCUACAGCAUAA